AUGGCGCGCGGACAUUUCUCACUCCCCCUCUGGCCUCUGCUUCUGCUGGCCCUCUCCCCUGUCGCCCAUGUCAGCGGCGGGUGCCUCAACCGAGACGACCUGCCGGUGCUCGAGAUGUCUGACCUCAAGAAGCUGUCCAUUAAGCAGCUGGACGAAAUCUUCACCAAGGGGUGCAUCGAGGAAGAGCCUUUGUUGGGCCCGCACUGGGGAGGGAUUCUUAAUUCGAUCCUGCACGAGCCGGCCGAGGACAUCUAUAGGGGGCUGUUUGGCCUCGUCUUCGAAGGUGCAUUGUUCCAGAAAACUAGCUGCAAGGGCGAAGACUUGUGGUUCUACUUCCCGCUGCUCAACCCAUUCGAUGGCGGAAAGGUGAGCGGAGAGAAGGGCAAUGCAUGGCGACCGACAUGCUGUGCUCUGUGUGUGUGUGUGUGCAGCUGUUCAAGAGCCAGGUGACUCUGUUCACCGCCCGCGUGACGACUGGGCAGUUCCCCCACGAGAAGCACCGGUACGUCAUCCGCCCCACCCCCCUACCUACACUACAUAUACUAUCCAUCCUCACCUCUGUUGUGUGGCUGGUGUCGUAUGUGUAUUAUGGUGGUGGCCCCCCUAAAGCCUGGAUGACAAGCCUUCGUAUGUCUACGACUUCAGCAUCUCCAAGGAGGACUGCCCCGACCUCGCCUCGCCGUGGGGCAGACUGAAGUAUCCCCUCGACAACCCCCCCAUCCUCAAGGACAUCAUCGACGAGGCGAGGAUUGUGGGUGUGGACGAGAAGGGGCGGGCGAUCAUCCUCAAUCGCGCCUUCCUGAAGAUUUGGGAGGACGUGGUUAUCUUCCUGCAGUACGAAGUCUUUGUGUCCAAUCCACAAUGACGCAAAGUGACCACUGGAGACUGCCAGGCACCAGACGAGGUGAGCACUGCUCGCCACAAAGGGAUGAGAGUCCCUGCACGCGUCUGGAUUGCGGCACUGUGUGGGUUGUGGUCUCUGUCUGUCAGGGGAGCGCCCGUCGGCCAUUGUCCGUCCCCCGCUAG